CGAUACUAUGGGGUGAAUUCGCUGUUUAUUUCCUUAUUUAAGUUAAAGCCCAGCUGGUUGUACAAGUAUAUGUCAGUGUUUGGACAAAUAUUCCUGUACUAAAGGACGUAAUGACCAUGUUGAUGUGGCACAAAGAACAAUGGUGUUCAUAAAGGAGGUUCUGAAAGCGAUUGUCAUUCAGCCACUUUCUGUGGGAAACAUCCGACAGUCAGGUGGUAGGAGAAGAACGGAUGGAAACGUGUCGUCUGCUGUUCUUUUCUCCUGCUUAUUGGCCAUAAUAGUGGUCAUCAUAGGAGUAUUCGGACCUUUGUCAUUGUUCAACCGCAGCGCCAAGCUCUUGCUAUGGUUCCUGACUAUGGGUUUAGUUUUGGUCAGCCUAAUCUGCAUCGUGUUCUUGUCUUUGAUGAUAUUUCGAAACAAGAGAAACUGGGUAGACCCUCGCACUGAGAGCCCGGAUCCUGCUACCAGACUGAAGGUGAAGUUCCUUUGGUUGUUUGGCUGUGGUACAAUAUUACAGACUGCGCUCACUGCUGCUAUAAAUAUUGACUGCCUGGCAAUAGAGGAUUCUCUGUCCACAUAUUAUAUUGGAAGUUUAAUAUCGUCAAUGUUUAAAGUCUUAUACAUAGUAUGGCAAAUGGGAUUUAUUACUUAUCUGCAAAACUCCAUAUUCGUAAGUAGAAAGAUGGUAAAUUAUUCAGUGGCUGUGAUGAUAAUCUGUAAUAUAUCGAUUUGGUGUGCAGUUGUGUCUGAUGAAAUUUCACAUGCGCUAUUCAACGCAACCGAUGCCGAACCACCAAUACAAAACGAUUCACUGGACUCGGAGUGUUCUAUAAAAUCCAAAAUUUAUUUAUUUAGUUCCAAAAUUCAACCCUAUUUGAUUCCCGUCAGAAUUGAAUACCUGCUUCUAGCUUCGAUGUUUGUAUUCCGGAUGUGGCCGACAUUUCGAGUUGUCUCCGUGUCACCAGAAAGGGAACUUGAAAUCACUUCGAAUUCGUACCACACCGGAAAUAGAGAGAGGAUAACUUUGAUAGCUGCUGCAAUAUGUGCAUCUGUUACGAACCUUCCAUUCUUCAUCCAGACACUGCUAAUGGCUACUGUAUACAAGGGGGACACUGGCGUUCCAUUUGACGUCUGGCAUGUAAUUGUCUCCAUUCAUAACGUUUUAAAUUUGAUUUUAACCUUCAUCUGUUUUCAUCUUCUACGAAGAACAGCUGAAGUACAGAUAUGCGCAUGGCAGCCCGGGGCAUCUGAGUAUAUCUUGCUUCUGACCAAUGCAGGUCAGGCUGCAGACGAUACUUUUGGAUUAAUCGCUGCCAGUGGGUGUUACUGUCUUAUGAGUACAACGGUUCAAGUCAGUGAGGUGUCCUCGUUGCUUCAGGCAUUCUUCCAAACGAUUUUCAUUUUAGAUUCGACACGUUACAGGCAGCAGACGACCAACCUUUCCUCCCGGAUAUUACGUUUUACUCUGAUUUAUCUUUUUAUAUCAAAUCUUAGCUUCUGGUUUACCGCAACAUUUAUUGGACUUGAUGGCCAAGUUAUAUCGGAAGGUCAAAGUGAUAUAUUCAAGGACAAAGCCACCUGGUCCGUUCUAGAGAGCAUAGUCUACCCGCUGUUUAUGUUCUUCAGAUUCCACUCGGCUAUGUAUUUUUACAGUCUUUAUCACAGAUUUUCAUGAAACGGCAUGAAGAGUAAAAUAUGUUUCAAGCUUAUGUGAUCAAUGUCUUGCAUUGCUCGUAAAGCAGUACUAUCUGUCAUUUUGGUGUCGAAUAUUUUUGUUUACAAAAUUGUGAUUUACUAUUUCAUGACGGAAAAAAAUAAGGUUUAUAAACUUUU